AUGAAAUUAAAUCUAAGAGUCUCAAAUAUUAGAAAAAAAUAUGGUGUUUUCACUUACAUUUUAUCAGAACUAAUUGAUCAAGAUAUUGAUAUCUAAAUUAAUGUGCUUAAUUUAAAUCCAUAAACAGAUGUUCUUAUUAAAAAGUUAGACUCUUAACGAUUUUUGAAUGUGGACAAUUUUAAUAAAAUACCACUUCAUUAAUUCUCUGAUAUAUUCUAAAAUGAUAAUUAACUUGAAUGCAAUCUCAAAGAAUAUAUAGCUUAGAAAUUUGAUACUCAAUUUAGUUGGUUUAUAUAAGAUCAAUGUAUUAUAACACAUCUUGAUUGUUAAUAUUAAAUAGAUUAAUUUCUAGAUAAACUAUUCUAUACAUAAACAAGUUUUAAAUAAUAUGUAGAUUAUUUGACUACUUAUCAUUAAAUCAAGGUUUAUUCAACUUAAGAAGAUAUUCCUUUAAGAGGUUAUAAGAAAUAGAACUAACAAAAUAAUACUCAAAAAGUUUAUACAAUCUAUGGAUUUAAAAAAGAACUUAAAUAAUAAAAUGUUUUUGAGAAAAAAAUUGUAAGACAUGAGCAUCAAUUUGAUAUUCAUAAUGUAUUUAUUGAAUACUAUGUUCCUAUAAUAAAAUAAUGGAUAGAAAAACAUUUAUAUACUUUUGUAGAAGUGCGAAGAGGUCAAUAGAUUGUAAUAAUUAUAAAUUUAAAAAUCUAAGAUAGAUUUAUAUGGACCACAUCAUCUUGUUACAAAAGCUGGAGAAAUAUUAAUGAAAGAGUAUUCUACUCUUAAUAUUUAAAGUGGAAUACUUAAAUUUAAAGAUCUAGAUGAUGAAAUAAUCUAGCUAAUGUAAAUUUAAGAAAUUUUGAAUUAAAAUUAGUUUUAUGAUUAUGAAGUAGCAAAACAAAGUACAUUAGCUUUAGACGAAUUAUAAAAUUCAUUAAAACAAAUAAAGAGUAGAAUCUUUUCUGCAAUAUUGGUUAUUGGUAAUUCUAUUUCACUCAUUUUUACUUAGAUUUUUAAAAUUCUUAAUUGUGCAAUAAUGCCAAAUAUUAUUUUAAUUUUAAUUUAGAUAGAAAUAAUAUUGAAAUAAUAUUAGAAAAUGAAGUUUAUUAAUUGUCUAAAACCUAAAUAAAUGGAAAAGCCUUAAGUUAUUUUGUUAUCAUUAAUGGUAGAGUCUAAUAAUCUAUAUUUCUUAAGAAAUUGAAUGAAGAUCUAUAGAUUGUUAAAUAAAGUAUUUACAAUAUAAACUAAAUUAAUUAUUUAAGAAAAUUAACAGAAAAAGAAAUUACAAAUCUUCUAAAUAAAUAUUAGAUUAAAUUAAAAUUCAAUCAAAAUUAUAUAACCAUAUUAGGUAAACAAUAAUAAGUUGAUUACUUUGUAUAAUUCUUAAUCAAAUAAAUUUCACCUUAAGUUGAAUUAACUGAUUUUUAUUUUUUCAAAAAUGGAUUUAAUUUUAAUGUAGUAAUCAAUGAUUAUAAGGAUAAAUUAUAAGAAAUGAUCUAGUAAUAUGAAUGUAAAAGUAAUAUAUUGUUAUAUUAAUUGAUAGAUUUUCUUGAAGAAAAAUAAGCAAAAAUGAAAAUUAUAAGUAAAGAUUCAAUUAAAAUACUUUAAUUAAAAUCAUAAUUAGAACAAUUAGAAAAGGAUAUUGAAAAAUCUAAGAAAACCAUUUAAAUUUCUAUUGAGAAAUCAUUAAGUAAAAAUUUACAGUAAAAAAUAACUUUAUUUAAUUUAGUCAACUAAUUCAAUAAAUUACUACCAAAUAUCCAUCUGUUGAUAUUAUAAUUGAAUAAAAUGAUAAUACUGGAUUGAAAUAGGUUUAUUCAUUUACUAAACAAUAAGCUAAAAUUAAAGUUUUUUUUGGUUAACCAAAUUUUCUAUAUGAUACUUAGAAAGAAAUUCUAGAUUUGAAAAAUAGUAUAAUCUUAAUACCAAUAGAAAAAAUACACAAUUAACCAUAGCCCAUAUAAUAGCAAUGGGUGAAUGAAUUAAUUGAGUAAAAUAAUAUUACUUUAAUCAAUCAAAAGUAAAAUUCUUCAUUUGAAUUAUUUUAAUAUUAGCUAAAUCUCCAACAAAAAUAAAUUGAUACUGCUAAUUCAACUUAUAAAUAUGUGUAUGAAACUGUUGAGUUUUCUAUUUAUCAUAUUUAUUAUAGAGACUAUUUGAAACCAUAGAAUUAUAUUCAUUAUUUUGAUAAAUCAAAUUUGAAUAAAUCUUAUGGUAAAUUAAUAAAUGAAAUAUAAACAUUUAACCCUACAUCCAUAAUUAUCACAAGUUUAGUUGAAUAUAAUUGCUAAGAAAUAAAAGGAUUAAUAGAGUAUAUAAAAAAAGCAGACUUGUAUAAUGAUUUUAAAUAUAACUUAGUCCAUAAAUUUAAAUUUCCUUAAUGAUUGAUGAAAAAAAUGAUCUAACUGAACUUAAAUCUUUUCUAUAAUAGAUUUUUGAAGAGGAAAAUCCAAAUCAAAAAAAAUAAACAUUUCAUAUAUCUAUAACUGGUUGCUUUUAAGAAACCCUUGAUUAAGUGAUUAAAGAAUUAAAUGAGAUAUGA